AUGUCUAAACAAGAACUUAUAGCCAAAAUAAGAUAUGAAAAUGAGCUCCCUGCUCCUCUCUUACCCCCAAAGAUUAUCAAGUAUGAAAAUACAGCAGAUGAGGACGUUAGCUCGAGUAAACUAGUAACAUCUUUAUACACCAAGACCAAUGUGACGUCUUUAAUAAGUGUUGACCACGAUUUAGGAAUGCCUUUGGACCUCUUGACAAUUCCUGGAGUUUUGAACCAACAAAACACCAGUGGGUUGUUUGGGUAUGAUAACAUAAAGUUAAAGCAAGAAGACAGAGUACUUCUAAGAGAUCCAAGAAUGGAUAAGGUUGCUAAGACCGAUCUAUCUAAGGUGACAUUCUUGAGAAGAACAGAAUAUGUUUCAAGUGCAACUACUUCUAAGGCAGAUAAGACGAAGAGAAUAUAUUCUGAGCUAGAAAAGGAAGAAACUUUAACACCAGAACAGGUACUCGAGAAAAUUGACUCUACGUUCUCACAUACUACUGAUGACAUCGAGAAACUACAUCAUCCUAUCAAGAAGAAGGUCAAGGCUGUGAAAACUUGGAACUUGCUACCCGAUACCGUUGCCAUGGAUCAGGGUUAUUUUGCGGUCAAAUUCGUUGGCUCCGCUGCACUUGAUAGUAAAGAAAAGGAAAAAUACGAUAUGCGUACCGCCUUAUUAAGACCAGUGGAAUUAGAAGAAGAUGAGUGGAUCAGCGUUUACUCCGCAGAUAAAGAGAGUUCUAACAAGAUGGGUGAAAACUUGGAACAGCAAAUUGACGAAAUCACACAUGAUGAUACUGUAUAUAAGUUCAAAAGGUUCAGAGAUUUCGACAUGAAACAAGUACAGCCUGAAAAUCCAUUAAGCGACUUAGUAUUGAGAUACGAUAAUGAAAAGGGAAUUGUUUACUAUAAGCCAUUGCGCACAAAAUUAGAAUUAAGGAGAAGAAGAGUCAAUGAUGUGAUAAGGCCUCUUGUGAGAGAACAUAAUUGGGAUCAAAUUAACGUUGUAUUAAGAGCACCAACAACAAAGGAAACCAAGAUGAGAGAUGCUAUUAGAAUGAGAUACGAUCCAAUAGAUUUCCCAGCGCUUGACGACGAUGAAAACGACGAGGAAGAAGAACCAUCGAAUGUAGAGGGUAACAAUGCAACCAAGGUGGAAGAAAACGCUGCCGAAGAAGCAGAAAAACCAGUACAAAGUGAAACUGUAGAAGCAAAAACAGAAGAGUCUGUAUAA